AUGGCAGCUUAUGCAGCUCUUGCUUCCCUUGCUCAAACUACAGUUGAUACAAAUCAUGCCAAAUUUCACUUUUUUACCGGUGCAAAAGAGAAAAUUGGAUCCAUCCUCGAGUAUGCCGUCUUCUUGCUCACCUUCCUCGAAGAUUAUCCAGAGAGAGCCAGCCGUUGGGAAGGAAAGCUUAGGGAUUUAGCUCAUGAAGCUGAAGAUAUCAUCGAGCAAUUUUUGUGGAGGCUGUCGUUUUAUGAAAGGGCGAAAAUAUCAAGCUUGAAAUUUGAAGAGGAGUUGAGUAAUGUUACGGAGAAAUUCUGUUUACUUGCCGGAGAUGUGAUGGAAGAGCGACCUGCUUACUCAUCUCUUUCCCUCUCAUCAUCAUCAUCAUCAGCAGCAAGGAUUGCAGCUACUGGCGAUGGUGUGGCGAUUGGUUUGAAUGAAGAUGUGAUGGGGAUAAAGGAUCGCCUUUGUGGGCUCUCAUCCAAACUCGAAGUUGUUCCCAUUUUGGGGAUGGGUGGAAUCGGUAAGACCACUCUGGCUAGAACCGUUUAUGACGAUCCAUUAAUCAUGCAUCAUUUUGAUAUUCGUGUUUGGCUUACAAUAUCGCAAGAUUACAGUGAACAGAAAGUUCUUUUAGGGCUUGUAGAUUCGAUGAAAUUGAUAGAAAAAGACAUGUCUGCAUUAGAGAUGAAUGAUACUCCUAUUUCAACUUGGAAAGAGAAAGUGUAUAAAAACUUGAUGGGUAGGAGGUAUCUUGCUGUAAUGGAUGAUGUGUGGAGCACAAAGGUUUGGGAUGAUGUAAGGAGUGUAUUUCCGGAUGAUGCUAAUGGAAGUCGAAUCAUGUUAACCACAAGAGUAGCAGAUCCAGCCGUUUAUCCUGACUCGAGUAGUGCUCCUCAUGAGAUGAGCUUCAUGAAUGAUUCUCAAAGUUGGGAUUUGCUCAAGGGAAAAGUAUUUGAAGACAGAAAUUGCCCACCUGAAUUGGAAGAUGUUGGGAAAAGGAUUGCAAGAAGUUGUGGGGGACUACCGCUUGCUGUUGUCCUGGUUGCUGGAUUCCUGUCUGGUGUUGAUAAAAAUCCAUCUUCCUGGGAGGAAAUUUCCAAAAAUGUAUUAAAUCCAAUUGUUGGUAAAGAGUUGGAGGAGAUACUAUCUUUAAGUUAUAAGCACUUGUCUCAUCGUUUGAGGCCAUGUUUUCUGUUUAUGGCAAUGUUUCCUGAAGAUGAAAAUAUCCGUGCUUCAAGGCUUAUUAGAUUAUGGUUAGCUGAGGGCUUCUUGAUGCAUCAAAAUGGAAAGCUUGGAAGAGGAGGCGGAGGAGUAUUUGGAGGAUCUAGUCAAGAGAAAUCUUGUUAUUGUGACUAACAGUAAGAAGAGUAAUGGAAAAAUAAAGUGUUGCGGCCUCCAUGAUAUGGUACGAGAGUUUUGCAUAAGGAAAGCCCACGAUGAGAGGUUUAUUCGUGUUCUCAGUGAUAGAGUUGUUCGACAGGGCACCAUAAAUGAGAGGCACAUUAGUUUCAUAAAUGGGCAACACAUUACUCCUGGGCAUUCUGAUAUGAUUAACAUUUGGGCUCCAACCAUCCACACCAUUCUAUACUUCCAUCUUAAGAACUUUCCUUGUGUGACAUCCUUUCUACGAAACCAUAAAUUUCUUAGGAUAUUUGAGGCCAUGAGUGAAAACUCUACUUCACUCCCUUCAGAGGUAUUUGAUUUGUUUGAUUUAAGAUAUCUAGCUUUAACUUGUUCUUCUAUUCCAUCAACCAUAUCUAAUCUCAUGAAUCUUCAAACCUUGAUCAUCCUUCCAACCUCUCGGUUUGCUUCAGCCAAUGAUCACAGAAGAUACUGGGUAGGUGAGACUAAUGCAUGGUCUCAUUCCCCACUGCCACUGGAAAUUUGGAGGAUGCCUCAGUUAAGGCACGUUUUACUCCACCACGCUGUUACUCUACCGCAUCCCCCAGAUGGAUCAAAUCCUCCUCUAGAAAAUCUCCAAACUCUUUCAUACAUCUUGAAUCUUGUAUGGAAUGAAAACGUCUUGUUGAUGAUUCCAAACGUCAAAAGGUUGGGACUUGUGUAUGAUAUCGAUGUAGAGUUUAACCUCGAUCUCCUCAGACGUCUGGAUAAACUUGAAAAGUUGGUAAUAGAAACUGGUUACACAUUUGAGAUCAGACGUCUGGAUAAACUUUUCAAGGUGAAAACAGCUGGUUACACAAAUUAUUGGAGGAAUAGUGUUAAUUUUCCUAGCACACUGAAGAAGUUGACCCUGGUGGGUGGGGGUCUCCCUUGGAAAGAUAUGAGUGUGAUUGGUUCGUUGCCUAAUCUUCAAGUGCUCAAACUACGAAAUCACGCUUGCAGAGGUGAAACUUGGGAAACAGUUGAUGGAGAAUUUCCUGAUCUAAGAUAUUUGCUAAUUGUUGGAUCAGUGCUCCAGCAAUGGAUAACUGAGAGCAGCCACUUCCCCAGACUCAAGUACCUCGUGCUUCGUCAUUGCCAGAUGUUAAGGGAGAUUCCGGGAUGUAUAGGAGAGAUUCCAACACUUGAAGUGAUUGAAGUGGAUUCUAGUAACCAGUUUCUUGUGGAGUCAGCGAAGCAGAUAAAGGAGGAUCAAGAGAGCUAUGGAAAUUAUGAUCUUCAUGUUCGUGUAACCCAUUCUCGUGAGUUCUAGGACCUUUUGAUUUUCCAAGAAUCAGAGGAAGAAUCAGAGGGAGAAUCAGCAUCACCAACUCCCUCCACAUGAGAUGGCAGCUUAUUCCGCUCUUGCUUCCCUUGCUCGAACUACAGCUCUUGAUACAAAUCAUGCCAUAUUUCACUUCUCUAUCAAUGCAAAAGGAAGCAUUUAUCCAUCCACGAGUAUGCCAUCUUCUUGCUAACAUUCCUAGAAGAUUAUCCAGAGAGAGCCAACUGUUAGGAAGGCAAGCUGAGGGACGUUGCUCGUAAACUUGAAGCUAUUAUCGAACAAUCAAUAUCAUCAAGAUUGAAAUUUGAAGAGGAGCUCUGCAAUGAAACGGAAAAAUUCUGUUUGAUUACUGGAGAUGUGAUGGACGAGCAGCCUGCUUACUCAUCUCUUUCUCCCUCAUCAGCAUCAAGAGU